AGGGGGCAGUUAAACUUGACACUCUGGUGGUUUUAACCCUCACCCUGAGGCACUUUAGCAACCAACAACCAGCCAUACCCUGCAAAGCCUCUGAAGCUUAUCUUUGCCUCAGAUGGAGCCCGAAGAAGCCACUGGGAAAGAAAACGUGGGCACCAAGAAGAAGAACCUGACUUUCUUGAGGCCCCGGCUCUAUAUGCUGGAGAGAAGGAAGACAGACACUGUGGUUGAGAGCAGUGCUUCUGGGGACCACUCUGGCACCCUGAGGAGGAGCCAGUCUGACAGGACCGAAUACAACCAGAAACUACAAGAAAAGAUGACUCCACAGGCCGGGUGUCUUGCGGCUGAGCCCCCAACGCAGGAGGAGGAGCAUCAGACGCGGAGAAUGAUGGCAAAGCGGUUGAAAAUCAUCAAGGAGCUGAUACAGACGGAGAAGGACUAUCUCAACGAUCUAGAUCUGUGCAUUAAGGAAGUGGUCCAGCCCUUGAGAAAUAAACAGAUUGAUGGGCUGGACGUGGACAGCUUGUUUAGCAACAUUGAAUCUGUGCAUCAGCUAUCCGCCAAGCUUCUGUCAUUGUUGGAAGAGGCCACAACAGACGUGGAACCGGCCAUGCAAGUCAUUGGAGAAGUAUUCUUGCAGAUUAAAGGGCCACUGGAAGAUAUUUAUAAAACCUACUGCUAUCACCACGACAAAGCGCACAGUGUACUGGAGUCCUAUGAAAAGGAGGAGGAGCUGAAGCAACAUUUGAGCCUCUGCAUCCAGUCCUUAAAGAAAAUAUACAUUCAAGAAGGCAAACCAAACUUGACCAACAUGGGCUCCUUGAUGAUCAAACCCAUCCAGCGUGUGACGAAAUACCCCCUGCUACUGUGCGAACUUCGUAACUCCACCCCGCCCUCCCAUCCGGACUUCAGAGCACUGGAGGAUGCCUUCGCUGCAGUCAAAGACAUUAACGUAAACAUCAAUGAACUUAAACGGCGGAAAGAUUUAGUUCUAAAAUACAAGAAGAAUGAUGAGGAUGAAACGUUUAAAGAUAAAUUGUCUAAGCUAAAUAUUCAUUCAAUUAGCAAGAAAUCAAAGAGAAUGACAAAUUAUCUAAAGAUUCUGACCAGAGGAGAAUCACAGGUGAAAGACAACACCUUUAAUAGAGAAGAAAAGCUCUUUAGAUCUUUAGAAAAGACCGUGAGGCACUGUGUGAAGAACGUGUCGUUCUGUCUUCAACACAUACAGGAGGCUGUGGGCUCACCUCUGCAGAGUGUAAAGGAGCUCCAGGAGAUUUCCUGCAUCAAGGAUGAGGAGGAGAGAGCCCACUCGGAGGCCCCGAGUCAUGCCUCAAAUCCCUGCGAUGACUUUGCAGCUCAUUUACAGAAGCUCGUGCUGACGCCCCUGGCAGCCCUGCUGUCCCUGUUCCCAGGGCCUCACAAGCUCAUCCAGAAACGCUAUGACAAACUGCUGGACUACAACAGCUACCUGCAGGGGGCAGCAGGAGACGAAUCGGACUUGGCCAAGAAGGAGUAUGAGGCCCUCAACGCCCAGCUUGUGGAAGAGCUCCAGGUGUUCAACCAGGCCGCGCGGAAGAUCCUGUGGAACAGUCUGUGCAGUUUCAUCACCCUCCUCAGGGACCUGGCGCUGGUGGUACAGAGGCUUUAUUCCACCGUGGUGCCGGUACCACUGUUGGUUUCAAACAUCUCUGAAAUACAGAAUAGAGUACUAGAAGAAGUUCAAAAUCUAAAUUUUGUCAAGGAUAACAGUGCCACAUUUAUUGAGAGGAAACUUAGUUUUGAAAAGAAGAAGCCUGGGCAAAUUCCGCCAGAAGUGCCACAUCAAACUGACACUCACCGCUCCAAGCUUCUAUCCACAUACAGUACAGAGGAACUCUACCAAGCUAAGCGCAAGUGCAACGCUACGCAAGAGUAUGACAUCGAUCUUCUAGAAGGGGAGUUGGUGGCUGUGAUGGAGCAGAAAGAUCCAUUGGGGAGUACUAGCAGGUGGCUUGUUGACACAGGAAUUAUAAAAGGGUAUGUGUACUCUUCCUUCCUAAAACCGUACAAUCCAGCAAAAGUACAGAAGGAAGGUGAUGAGAGCAAGUCCUUCAAUGAUGAUUUUGAUAACAUCAGCCUCUUCGUGUCUGCGCGGCCAGCGAGGGACAGUGUCACGAGCACCCCGGAAGGUAGCAUAAGCGACAGCAGUUCAUCUCUCAGUGGCACAGGUGGAAAGUUUGAGACAAACGGCACUGACGACAGUUUUCAAGAGGUAGAUGAACAGAUUUUCUAUGCAGUUCACGCCUUUCAAGCACGAAGUAACCAUGAACUCAGCCUUCAGGAAUACCAAAGAGUCCAUAUACUUAGAUUCUGUGACCUAAGUGGCAAUAAAGAAUGGUGGUUAGCUGAAGCUCAAGGGCAAAAAGGAUAUGUGCCAGCUAACUACCUUGGGAAGAUGACUUAUGCUUAAGGAAAUAAGGCUUUUGACCCACUUUCUGACAGGCUGUUGACUGACUACCUCAUAAGGCUGACAUUACAAUGUUGGCCAGGAAAUCAAGAAACCUCCAGACUACAUGAACUGGUACUGUGUCAGGUUUUAAAGAAGGCUGUGCCUCCUAACAAGGUCAUUCAAACUGUAUUAUGAAUAUAUAUUGAAGGAAACACUAAACAAACUGAGACAGCCCAAGCUCCAACUAUGAAUUGCUAAAAAGUGGAAAUAUUUUGAAAAAAUGUAUUCUUUACCAUCGUAAAAAGUUGGCCUUAAGGACAAGGUGUUUUCAAUUUACUGUAUUUUAUUUUUCUGUAUUAUGUAUUUUGCCUCAAAAUGUUGUUUUUCAUGUCUGUUGCACAGGCAUGCACAUAUACACCAUAUUCAUUACAUGGUUUAUAUGCAUUUAUGUGUACUAUAUGGUAUAGAUUAUCUACCAUAUAUGUAUGAACCAGGGAGUAUACUAAAUACACGUAAGAAUAGGAAUUGAUCAUUAAUAGCCAACUAGAAGUCUGAUG